AAUCCGUUAGAAUUUUGCAGUAGAUAUUUUUGAAUAAUUUGAAAAUCUACAAAUGAGGGAAGAAUGUUUCAAUAUUUGUAAUAAUAGAAGAUUUUAAAAGAAAAUAAUUACAAAAGAAACCCGACAUAAUGUGGUGUUUAGUAGACGCAACUGGAAAACGUUUAUAUUUCAAACCAAAUAAGAGUAUCACAUUUGGUAGAAAGAAGGCUGACAUCGUUUUGCAAAAUGACGAAUCAAUUAGCAGGUUACAUGCCUCUAUUUCUGUCAUACCCGAAGAUUUCAUACCGCUGGAUGGACCCACAUCUAUAUGUAAAUUAAAAGAUUUAAAUUCAAAAUAUGGUACAUACAUUUUAUAUGGAGAGAAAACGAUGGAAGUAACUGCAGAUGAAUACAUUUUCAAGCACAAUGAUGUGAUAAGAUUUGGUUUGCAGCAUCAUUUAUAUACGAUAGUAAGUGUACCUAUAAUAAUAGUCACUUCAACUUUAAACGUUGAUGAUAAAUCUAAACUUGAAUAUUUAAUGGGUGAAAUUGAUGGUUUAAUUUCUGAGGAAUGGACAAGCAGAUGUACUUAUUUAACAGUAUCAAAAGCUACAUUGACUGAAAAGGUUACUUGUGCCUUGGCUGCUGCAAUACCAAUAGUAACUGUAGCUUAUUGGGAGCAAUUUAAAGUUGCAAUUGACAAUAAUGAAGAAUUCCCAGGCAUAAAGGACUUUGUCCCAAUAAUUAGCGAAACAUUAGUUGACAAACAAAAAUAUUUACUUUCUCCAAAUGUAAAACGGAGAACAUUAUUUCAGAAUUUAAUAUUUGUACAUUUCAGUACUUCUCAAUACAAAAUAUAUGCAAAAAUUAUUAGUAUGGCAGGUGGUAAAUCACUUUUAUACUCAAAGAAACAUUUGACUAUUAAAGAACUUUGUGCUCCAAAUAUUAUUGUGCUACAAUAUCCUAAUUAUAAUGAAACACAGUCAACGGAAAGUAUUUUACCUGAAUAUGAUUCAAUAUUCAAUGCAUUACAAGCAAAUGAGUGUAAAAUGAUAUCAGAUUCCGAAAUUCCUCUUUCAAUAUUACAUUGUUCUGUAGAAAAAUAUUGCAAUCCAAAAUAUAAAUUUUCAAAGCUGUUGAAAAGAUCACAACCAAAGUAUCAUCCAUCUAAAAUUUUAAAUCUUGAUACACAAGAUGAAAGAUCUGAUUUGAAAAUAUUACCGAAAAUAAUUUCUAGCAUUCAGCUUAAAUCAGGACAUACAAAUGUAAAACAUAGUGUACUUACAACAAAGAUUAUUCCUGAAACAUGUGAUAACUUUGAUAGUCAAGCACUAGCUUUAUUAGAUAAGGAUUCUAUUGAACAAUCUAUGGAAGAACCAAAAUGUAAUAACCUAAGAAUCAUUGAAGAAACAAAAGAUACUUUUACUGAUGUCUUAACUGUAGAGGAAAGUGAAGAAAUAAUGCAACCUAUAGGGAACACAAAUUGUAUUCCCGAAACAGUUGAUUCAUCUUAUUCAGACAUGUCACCAAAAAGUAAUCAAUGUUUUACACAUAAUAUUGAAAAUUUGAAAACACAACAAAACAGAAAUACACAGGAUACUGAACACACAAAGAAAUUAGUGAUUAGCAAAGAAACUUUACUUCACAAAGUGACAGAGUUAGAUAAAAACGAGGACUUUGAAUUACAAAACCCAGGAUUGAAUGAUAAUGAAAAUCAUAAUAAAGUUGUUUCACAAAGAAAAUCGAGUAAUUUAGUCGAAAUAAAUGAUUUACAAGACGAAGAUGUAGACCAACAAAUGAUGAACUUGUCAAUUGAACAUAAUUUACAAACAGCAAUGAAUAAUAAUCAAGAUUGUAGUAUAACAGAUAGUAGUAUAUCAGAAACGUUAGAAGAACCACAAGAAUCUAAGAGAACACGUAGAUAUUUUAGCGAUGAUAGCGAUACAGAAUUUCUUACAUCUACCAAGAAAAAGAUAUGUUUAAAGAAUUCAGAUAUUGAAAACACAACAAAAUUACAACCAAGUACUUUCAAUUCUUGUAUUGAGGAACAAAAGAGUUCUAACACUUUAUUGGGAUAUAAUUCAUCAUUUCUUCGAAACAUUCUUAAUUGCAAAAAUUUUAAAAAGGUUUACAAUAUAACACCUACAAGACGGAUAGGUUUAAAAGAGAUGUAUGUAUGGAACUCUGAUACAUAA